AGCACCCGGCAUAAAAGGCGAGUAGGCGACGCCCAUUUGACCGAGAGCGAGAGCAACCGGAAGCCACCACCACCAACCGAGAUCUCCAAGACCAGCUAGAGGAGCAGAAGCUUGUGUGUCCUCAGUCAUGUGGGAUGGAGGCGUCGGCCACGGGAGCCAAGAGGCCGCGCAUCAGCUGCUCCCGUGGCUCGGCGCGGUGCCGUUCUCCGAGCCGGCAGUGGCGGGAUUCGUCGGCGGUGUGUUCGGGCUCGGGCAAGGCGGGGUGUUCGGGUUCGGGUUCGACGCCGCGGCUGCGGCACAGCAGCAGCGCGCGGAGGAGGGCAGCGGCAAGGGGGUGGUAUCGGGGCUGCUGGGGUGCCUGCAGGCGGAGCUGGGGCGAAUGACGGCGCGGGAGAUGAUAGACGCCAAGGCGCUGGCGGCGUCGCGGAGCCACAGCGAGGCCGAGCGCCGGCGGCGGCAACGGAUCAACGGGCACCUCGCCAGGCUGCGCAGCCUCCUCCCCAACACCACAAAGACGGACAAGGCGUCGCUGCUGGCCGAGGUGCUCGAUCACGUGAAGGAGCUGAAGCGGCAGACCUCGGCGAAGAUGGUGGCAGCGGCCGCCGUCUCGGGUGACGUCGAAGCUGCCGGGCCGGCGCAGCUGCUGCCUACGGAGGCCGACGAGCUGGCCGUUGACGCGGCGGCCGACGGCGGUGGUCGGCUCGUGGUGCGGGCGUCGCUCUGCUGCGAGGACCGCCCGGAGCUCAUCCCGGAAAUCGUCCGGGCGCUCGCCGCGCUCCGGAUGCGCGCGCGACGGGCCGAGAUAACCACGCUGGGCGGGCGCGUACGGAGCGUGCUCCUCAUCACCGCGGACGAUGCAGCGGAUCAGAGCGGUUACGAGGAUGGGCAUUCGAACGCCGUGCACGGCGGCGGCGACGACAUGGACAACGAGCGCGCUGCCUCGCGACGGAGGCACGAGUGUAUCGCGUCGGUGCAGGAGGCCCUGCGCGGCGUCAUGGACCGCAGGUCGGCGAGCAGCGACACGUCAUCGUCCGGCGGUGGCGGCGGGAGCAUCAAGAGACAACGCAUGAACUACGGCGCGCAUGAGCAGUGCUCGGUGUAGUACGGCGUUAUAGCAUAAGGCGCUUAGGCCGUUCAUGCUUUGCAUGGAUGCAUGCACGCAUAUCUGCAUGCAUGAUGGAAUGGAUAAGUUGAAGGUUCAGGAGGGAGUGUUUUAUGUAUCCCUUUGUAUGUUCCACAUUUAAUCAUGUGACUGAUUGCUGAA